GCUGUGCCGCCCGUCGCCGCCGUCAUCAGCCAGUAGUGCUCAGCUUGCGCACAAUGCUUGUGUAAUUCGCGGCUGAUGGUGCAUACGCUUUAACUCGGUGUGAAUCUGUAUAGUUCCCGCGGAAUCUAUAAUGACUGAUCUGUGUAAAUUAAUAUAUUUAGCAUUUAAGUUAUUCAACAGUUCAGUGAGUUAACAUUUUGGGUCGAUUGGUGCCGACGAUAUCAUCGAUUAAAUCUAAAAGUUUAGAUUGAUAUUAGGCACUGAUAAUGUGAGUUCGUCAUUUUUAUGAUAGUGGUGUGCGAGUCGUUUAUUUAGCUCGGUUUGUUUACACUGGCACAUUCAGACCGUGUAUAUUCCAGCAGUAUUAAAUUUCCAGAAGAAAUCAAAAUGAACAGUGAUGAAUUUCGUUAGCCGUAAUUUCUUCAGAAUGCCGUCAUUCAGUCAAGAAAUAAAGGUAGAUCUUAACUCUAACGAAAAAGGUGACCUGAAAAGUGAUACCAAAGAUGAAAGAAACGAAGAAAGAAACGUCACCAUGGAGCCUGUGCCGAACAAUGCCCCGGCUGGUCUUAAUGCGGACCAACAGCUCGCAUUUGCUCUCCGAGAUUUUCUCGGUCCGCCAGGUUCUGUGCUCGGAGACAAUGAACCGUCACCGUCUUCCCUAGGUCAAACUUUACCUUUUAUCGAUGAACACGCAGACAGUGGGGAAGCAACACAAUCUGAUGAGGAGCAAACGCAGCGCCGCGGAGCGGAAGAGGCGCUCAACAACGCAGCGUGUAGGCUGAGACGGUGGCGGGCAGCCUCACGAAAAUUGCGGCGGCCGAGGAUUAUUGACAAUCUGUGUAAUGGAGAUGAGAAGGCAAGUAACGGGAAGACUUGUAAUGGUGGGCAUACUGACCUGGCGGAUCGGUUGCGCAGCCUGGCAGCGGCCGGCAGCAUGUCGGCUUCAGCUGGAGAGCUGCUGUCGCUGGCGCCUCCGCCACCCGCAGCCACGGCACCCCCCUCACCCAGCUGCUUGUUUUCACCUUCUCUCGCUGAUCAAAGUUCUGCAGAAUACUUUGGUUCAAGUCCAGAAUGCUGCGCAGAUAAUGCCGGAGUGGAGAGCGGGAGCAGCGCAGGUGCGCCCGCGCCGCCGCCUGGGCCGAGGUACAAGCUGGCUACAGAGGGAGCGCUUAGGGUGUGCUGCUUUCAGCACACCAGAACCGUCGUGGACAAAAUCCUAGCCGCUAAGUUCCUACGUCGCUGGGAGACACAUGUGCUAUGUCUACAGGAAGACUUCAUCGUUUCCAAAACCCCAUCUGGCCUACUAGAAAAGCCCCUAUCGUACAGCUGUAUGCAGGAGGUGUAUUGCAUAUCGAGGUGGGACCCCGCAAGAAAAUAUUGCCUGAGGAUUGUAAUGCCCCACGGAUCACUUCUUUUACAGGCCAACGAUGCUUACACGAGGGACCAAUGGUACCAUUCCAUUAUAUGGAGGAAAAAUAUUAUAAGAUAUCGCAAUUUCCUUACGAAGAGUAUUAGAAAAGAAGUUGUUUUGAAGGAACUUAAGAACAUGGUUGAUUUCGCGAUGACGACCCCCUUGCAAGACGAGAAUGUGACACGCGCGCCGCUGCAGAUCUUAACGGACCUCCUUUCCGAGAACCAAGAAAGCCCAGAUUGGGAAGUUUGGGCGGAAAAUGUAGCAAAUGUUGCGGCCCCAUUGCUAGCGGAGCGAUGUGCGAAUGGCGAACUAUGCGCUUUGUUGGCAAGGUUGUGCAGGCGCCGGCCGCGAGCAGCUCCGCUUCCGGCUCUCGCUCCGCCUGUGCGCCGAGUCCUAACCCGCAAUGUGGACUUCGCUCGAGCGCCAAACGCAAGACAGCUCGUUAGGGAUUACAUCAGUGCUCUAAGCGCGCAUAACUCCGGUCCGGCUCUGGUGCGACGGUUCGUUGAGGUGACGCACGGCGGGCGAGCUGCGUGCCCACACCCGCGCGCCGCACCCAACCUGGCCGCGGUCGCGCUUGCCGCCAUCGACGACUUCUACCGCAAUUCUGCCACGCCGCAUCAAUGCGACGACAGAGAGGACGAGGUCCUAUGCUUCGCUGAUAUACUCGAACACAUGUGUGAAUACGAAGACUGGCUAGUUGUAGUCGGUGCGGUGCUUCAACCGGUACCUAUAUGCGCGAGUGCGAUGGCUUGUCCUGCCAUCGCUGAACGACUGGGGAAGCUCUUGAAUGUGAUGGCCCACGACCCUCGGUGCGCAGCGCAUUCUUGCGUGGCUCCCGCGCGCGCAGCCCGUCCUUACCCACCUUCUUGGCUUAGAGCCGCCGCUCCCUCUGACCCUCAUUUAGCACUGCCUCAAGUGAAACUAUGCAAAUUAUGGGGGGAUAUGCUUGGAAGUUUAUUGAACUGCUGUUUCAAGCGAAAGAGUUUCCUACAAAGUAUGAGCAAGCAACUACCCGAUUUUCUUUUAGUAGCUUUAACCGAGCACCCGGCUGCCUUAGAUGCUUUAUGCCUGAUGCUGGAAUGGGAAGUAGCAAGUGGAGAACAAACUCAGUUAGAAAUUAUUGCUGCUCUCCAGGGCACUGAGUUAGGAACUAAAUAUUAUAGAGACCUUUGUGAAAGGCAGAAGAGUCUUCAAAGAUUGCAAUCGGAAGGUGGCCCAAGACAACUGGCCCUCCCAAUUCGAGCCACAGACGAAGAUGUGGCGGCACUGCUGGAAGCCGGAGCCCUCGGCAACCUCGAGUGUCUUUCUUUGGCGUUUACCAGCGUCACCAGUGCUUGUGCACAUCAUCUUAUAAAGCUACCCUCCCUGCGCUAUUUGAACCUAUGGGCGACGAAAUUUGGGGAUAGCGGUUUGCAGUUGAUCGCAGAACACCUGCCUAGAUUGCAGGUGCUCAACCUCUGCGAAACACGCGUCUCCGACAAGGGCAUUGAGGCUUUAUCAGGUCUAUCCAACUUAAGGCGAUUAAACCUGAAUAGCACGAAACUAUCAGCAGAGGCGUUCGAGACUCUACGUCAGAGACUACCCCAGCUGCAAGAGUAUGACAUCCGCUACACUGAAGCCUGGUGACCGAAAGAGCCUGCGCGACACAAAAUUAAACAAGUUUUUAAGGCUUAGCAUGUCUUGCGACAAUGAAAUUCAAAUGGUGUAUGGUGUGAGAAGUAACGAAUAUGAUGUUCGGAAACUGCCGCGACUGCACGCGUCUUCUUUCUUUAUAAAGCCUUUAUUUCAACCCGCAAAUUUGCCAGAUAUUUCAGGGUUAUCUCUGAAAUAGCAAAAAUACAUAAGCUAUUUCAUGCUAAAUAUGGAACUGUUUUUUUCGUAUUGAUGGGUAGAACCCAUUAAUAAUCCCGCAGACCUUUAAUGGUCACGCUGUACAAGGAAGGUAGUCGAAAUCUCCGCGCGAGUUUCGCGUGCUUGACCAGUGCGAGCAACCCUAUUGACAUCUCACGAAUUAUCGCGUCAAUUCGAUUACCUACAUCCGCAUGAGAUUUAGCAGCCACAAUAGCAAUGCGAAAUUCGUCAGUUUGAACACUGAGUCGCUCAGAAACAAACAAUGUGGCGCAAAAAACUUGUCACUAUUAUGCUAAGCCUACCAUAUUAUUAGUACAUAAAUAGUUCCAUCAUAAGAUUUACGUGUCGUGUUUAUUGAUAGCAAAAUUUUACCUUUAUGUGACCUUUAAUUAAACAUUCGGUUAUUAUUAGAAAUAUUAUUUACUUAAUGAAGUUUCUUAAAAAUGCAUAAUCAAAUAUGAAUGAUCUUGUCAGAAACAGGCGAUUUUGGAAUACUCUUUACGUUUAUUUUUAGUUGUUAGUUACAUUUUCCUUUGUCCAGCAAUGGAAUACAUUAUAGUAAAUCAAAUAAACCUACCCAUUAAUUUAAAUUAUUUGUAGAUAGAAGAAAUGUACAGAUUAUUAGCCUAAGCACUCUGGGCCACCGCCGUGUAAUGCUGGAACCGAGCUCCAAUCGAAAAACUGUAACUAAAGUGUAAACAUUAAAUUUUAGAUUUUCAUCCUAUAACAGCUCUCGAGCGCAUUCUUUUGAACGUUCAAUUGCUGCGUUUCUAUGGUACAUAUGACAUCAAAUAAGUUGUCUUCCUUAUCAAAGAUGGAAAUUGGUUUCUGUAAGACACGUUUAUGGCUCAGUGUCAAUUUUGGUCCGCACAACUCAUAACUAAGUAUAACAAGUCUAACGAUAGUACUAUCUCUUCCGCUAAUUACAACGAGGGAUAAGGACAGUAAUUCUAGGACUGUUAAAUUAGUUUAAGAGUCAAAAACCUGCGCGUCAAAAUUGACCACCUAGAUAUUUAAAAAUACGCUUAAAAUGUUUAGUACUGUUAUACAUAGUAGAUUAAGGUCUUAUCAGGCUGUGAGAAAAGUACUAACAUUCGAGAACAUAAAAACUGAAAUUAUGGCGUAGUGUUGGUGUGUCAGGGAAAUGAUAAAAUCACGAGUACUUAAAAUGGAGACUCGAUUUUAUUAUGGUAGGGUAUAUAGGACUUCAACUAAAGUUAGUUAAUUGGAGACAGCUUAGGGAGCGCACAGUUUAAUUCGGUCAGCGCCGUGCGUACGUGGAGUGUGAAGUCAGAAACUAUUUUUACUAUAAAUAUUUCUGUAAACGCAAUUUUUUUCGGAUGUAAAAACGCAUAAAUUGAAGAAAUAAAUUACGCUAUUAUAAAUCCGAAAAAGAAUUCCAAUGUGUAAUAGUUUAAUUACAAUUCUGAAAACCCAAGAACUCGAUAUUACUGGACAAAUUUUCACACAGAUCGAAAUGACUGAAUGAAUGAAUCAAAAAGUGCAUCGUCCUGACAAGUGUCAUCCUUUUUGCAGACAGUUGAACCUGCUUAUCAACUUAAGUCUCAUUUAAGUAUCUCUUUUCCAACAUCGGGCAGUAUGCUCAAAACUUUUAAGAUUCAGUCUGCACUUGUAGCUUUCUACUUAUUGGAAACUUAAGCACUUCUGGAGUGCUCCGAUACCCCUAGAAAUUCUACUUGUAAGCCAGUCGUGUAUCAGAUGGUGAUCUAUAUAUUCAAUCGCAGAACAUAUUGUUCCCUAUGGGAAACAAUUCACCUGCACUCAACGAGUCACUUCUAACUGUCUACGUUAAUAAAAAGGGAAAAGGAUGUGCCAAAAGACUGUCCUCCUAAACCAGGCGUUAGAUUAUGAAUGAGGACCAGUAUUUGUUUAUUUUAAUUUUAACGCACGCCAAGUAGAAGUGUACAAAGUGAAUAUAAACGCUAUUCUAUUAGUUCAAAUCACUCGAUUUUUUUGUUUAACCGAGUUUUCAUAUUUACAAUACAUUUCCCUGGGACAUAAACACUUAGUGAUGCGUGGAUAAUAGAAACACUGUAGGUAAACCAACCGUAAACCCAAGUAAUUGUACUUUAAAGUAGUCUUAACAAGCGGACAUCAUUUAGCUGGUUUCAAAUGUGCACUCAAGGCCCGCAUGGGUAAAAGGUAUGGGUUUAAUAAUAACUUACCCCAGCAAUCUGAACGUAUACGAUUUAUUUGUGAAAUGUAUAAAAAUGAGGCGUGGAUUUAAAUCCUAUUUCUCGUUUAUGUGGUUCAAAGUGAACAUUAUUCAUCUAGUUGAAUUGAACGGGACGCAUAAUAAUUGUCGUGCCAUUUCCUUGUAUAAUUUCGUAUAUUAAUUCAUUUGUAAACAUAGUUAGGCAACUCUAUAAACUAGCCUGGUAUAUAGUUUUCUAAACCAUUGUGAAUGGGGAAAGUUGCAUAAGCACCAAUGAAUACCUACGUUAUAUAACAUUAAUUUGCAUGAUGAGUUUUACUUCUUGCUUCUCCCUCGCAUAUUUUGCCACUAUUUUAUUCUCAGACAAUAUGCCAAAUUGUAUAAUUAUGCACAAGUACGUGAACUGAGUUAUUGUUUAAAAGGUUAAGAGUAAAGAAGAGGUAUAAGACUUAUCCACUUUGUGAAAGUGUGAGAGUUUUUAAUAAAAUAAUGUUAU